AUUGUGAUUAUUGGUUAGAGUUUGAUUGAUAAAGCGAAUACUACUCCUGUUUGUUAAAGUCUGGUGAUAUUUGAACAGCUAUUCAGAAGUUUAACUAAAUCAGUGUUGUGUUGUCAAACCAUUUCACUUCAUAAAUUGCGGGUAAAAAAGUAAAACAGACUAGGAUUGAUUUAGUCGGCUGAUGAACGUGACCAUUGGGAAGUUAAAACGAAGACAAUUCUUUCAUUUUCUUUAUCCAACAAAACGGAAUGUGAUAUGUGUAACGUUAAGUACCUUCACAAAACUCCAUGCGUUGCUUUCAGUAUGUUGGCACUGUUCAACUUCUCCAAGCAGUAACACACGAUUAAUGAUCUUGAUAUAUGAAAGAAUCCGCCUAAAAUUGACAACUCUUGCUGGGGUAGCUCAAAGAUUUCGGCUUCACAUCUUUAGAACGUCUCUCGCGGCACUUUGAUGUCAUACACUGACCGACUGCGCAGCGCCGCGGGCACGAUUCACAGAAGAAUGUGGGAGUGGCUAUCUGUAUUGGCUGGUUUACCUGUUCAGAAUCAGGACAGGAGCGUUUCCUACUCGCUUCUAUUAGUCGCUAGCCGGAGAAUUUGAUCAACUGUUAAGCCCCUGUGGAUAUUUUAUCCACCGAAAAACAACAACAAUGUCAUAAAUAAUUCGUAGUGUAUUUUAUUGGAAGCUUCAGCACGAACAAAAGCAAAGGGAACGGGGGGAGCUGGGGUCAGGGGGCGGUUGGGCUAACCUCCCCAGAGACUGAACCCAUCAUAAAAGAUCCAACGCCCAAGGAACUCGCCGCUGUCUCACAUAUGGAUGUUCAGGGGUACAGAUGGGUGUGCUGGAAAGUGUGGCUGUGUCGAAUCGGGGCGGUAUGCUCCUUAGGCCUGCUGCUAGUGCUAUUAAAAUGGCGCCCUCGGCUCGGCAUUCUGGCCCGGUGCACCCUCUGUCCCAUUCCAAUGGCGGAUGUUUUACUACUAAAGGACAGAUGUGGCCAGCAGUUUGUUAUAGAUGUGCAUACAGAAGAGAUUGGGGAAGGCGGUUUGGAGUAUGCAGUAGGAGAGGCAGAUGAAAAUGAAUGUAGAGACACUGUGCAGCUACACAAAGAAAAGAAAACACUGCUUAGAUAUUAUGUGUUUGAAGGCAUGCGUUACAUAUGGAUGUCCAAAAAAGGAGCUUACUGCAAAGCUAGUAUUCUCAAUGAGGGUUGGACCUGUGCUGACCUGCAUGGCCGACAGCAAGGAUUAAGUCGUGCAGACCAAAGUGCAAGAAAGCAGAUCUUUGGGGCCAAUAUUAUUGAUGUUCCUGUGAAGUCUUAUUUGCAACUUCUCAUUGAAGAGGUGCUCAAUCCCUUCUACGUUUUUCAAGUGUUUAGCAUCGUUCUGUGGAUAUCAGACCACUACUACUAUUAUGCUGCUUGCAUAUUCAUCAUAUCCUUCAUUUCUAUCGCUGUGUCACUUUAUGAGAUUCGUAAGCAAAGCACUUCUCUCCGCCGCAUGGCACGCUUAGUGGUGAACGUUACUGUGCGCAGAGAAACUGGAGAGGAGGAGCAUGUGAGUUCAGAAGAGCUGGUACCAGGGGACUGUGUUGUGAUUCCAGCCGAGGGGCUUCUUCUGCCCUGUGAUGCCGGCCUGCUGGCUGGGGAGUGCAUGGUGAAUGAAAGCAUGCUCACUGGUGAGAGUAUACCUGUAAUGAAGACACCAUUAUCCGUGUCUGAGGAGACAUACAACGCAGAGUUGCAGCGCAGACAUACUUUGUUUUGCGGCACACAGGUCAUCCAGGCUAAAGGAGGCGGCCCUGACGGGAAAGGGGCCAUAGCUGUUGUAACAUGCACAGGGUUUUUCACAGCCAAAGGAGACCUUAUUAGCUCUGUCCUCUACCCUCAACCGUUAGACUUCCGCUUCUAUAGCGACGCUAUGAAGUUUAUACUGUUCUUGGCGGUUUUGGCACUGGCUGGCACUAUAUAUAGCCUUGUGAUACUUUCAAAGAGCAAUACUACCUGGCAAGAACUUCUCAUAAGGUCUCUGGACAUUGUGACAAUAAUUGUUCCACCUGCCCUUCCUGCUGCUAUAACUACAGCCACCAUUUAUGCCCAGAAACGGCUGAAGGGUCGUGGGGUGUUCUGCAUCAGCCCUCCUCGCAUUAACAUCUGUGGCAAGAUAUCACUGUUCUGUUUUGACAAGACUGGUACUCUUACGGAGGAAGGGCUGGAUGUGUGGGGUGUGAUGGAAGUUAGUGGUACAGGAUUUGCUGAGCUGGUUCCUGACCCUCACCGUCUUCCUCCUGGACUGAUGCUCUCUGCAAUUGCCUCCUGUCAUUCUUUGGCUUUGCUGGGGGGUCAACCGCUUGGAGACCCACUGGAGCUCAAAAUGAUCGAGUCCACCGGCUGGGAACUGACAGAGCCUGCAAAUGAGAUGGGACUUGACUCUGAAUUUGGGCGACAGAGAAUACAAGCAGUGAUGAGGCCUCCUGCAUCUGAAGGAACAUCUGUCCAUCAGCCAGUGGCGAUAGUUCGGCGAUAUCCUUUCUCAUCUACUCUCCAAAGGAUGAGUGUAGUGACUGUUGGCCCUGGUGGAGAUUCUCCUACCGCAUUUCUUAAAGGAGCACCUGAGAUGGUGGCCAGCUUCUGCCUUAGAGGAAGUGUGCCUACUCAGUUUUCACACACCUUACGGGAGUAUGCAAGCCAGGGCUUUAGGGUCUUAGGACUCGCCUACAAGCACCUUGCUAAGGAUACUGACGCAAGCACUGUUGAAAGGGUGGAGUUGGAGAAAGACAUGAGCUUCCUGGGUCUGCUAAUAAUGAAGAACCAAGUGAAGCCAGAGAGCGCAGAAGUCAUUCACAUUCUUAAACUGGCAAACCUUCGGCCUGUAAUGGUUACAGGUGACAAUAUUCUCACAGCGGUAAAUGUAGCACAUGCAUGUGGAAUGGUGCUGUCACAUGAGAGGGUUAUUUUUGUUCACGCAUCGCCCCCUACUGCAAACUCGAUGGCCUUACUACAGUUUCAUCAAGGAGAUGGUGUGGUAGCCAGCGUUAAUACUCAAGAGUCUAUGGAUGCUCUUUCACAGGGCCUCUAUCAGAAUGAUGCCGGCUAUCACUUGGCUAUAAAUGGAAUAUCCUUUGCUGCACUUUGUGAUCAUUUCCCUGAAUAUGUACCCAAGGUCCUGAUGAGAGGGACAGUGUACGCCCGCAUGACUCCAGAUCAGAAAACCCAGCUGGUCAAAGCACUGCAGAAACUCAAUUACAGGGUGGGUAUGUGUGGGGAUGGAGCCAAUGACUGUGGCGCUUUGAGGGCUGCAGAUGUCGGUGUGUCAUUAUCUGAGGCCGAGGCGUCUGUGGCUUCUCCUUUCACAUCCAAGUCUGACAACAUUAGCUGUGUGCCUCUACUCAUUAAGGAAGGCAGAUGUUCACUCGUGACCUCAUUCAGUCUUUUCAAGUACAUGGCCUUGUACAGUAUAAUCCAGUUUGCAUCUGUGCUUAUUCUCUACACUGAGAAAACAAACUUGGGUGAUUUGCAGUUCCUCUUCAUUGAUUUGGUCCUGGUGACAGUUUUGGCUAUAGUGAUGGGAAGAGGAGGACCCAGCGAUGAGCUCCAUGCCCAGCGACCAGCCGCCAGUCUUAUCUCUCUGCCAGUUGUGGCUAGUCUACUGUUGCACACUGUGCUGAUAAUCCUAGCGCAGGUGUCUGCCCUCCUUAUCACUGUGUCACAAGACUGGUAUGUGCCUUUAAACGCCACUGUUACAGGGGCUGCAAACUUGCCUAACAUGGAGGAUACAAGUGUAUUUGCCUUAUCAGGUUUUCAGUAUAUCAUCAUGGCUAUUGUGAUAACUAAAGGAUAUCCUUACAAAAAACCACUGUUUUACAAUGUUUUGUUCCUCAUCACACUGCUGAUCUUCUUUGCGAUGAUGCUCUGGCUAGUGCUUUACCGUUAUACCAUCAUCCAUAAAAUUCUGAAGCUCUACAACAUUACCGAUAUGAAUUAUAAACUGCUACUGGUGGCUUUAGUUGCACUUAAUUUCUUCAUUUGUUACUUGCUCGAGCUUCUCAUUGACCGAGGUGCUCUGAACUGCCUUCGCAGUCUACGAGGGAAGCGCGAGUCCAAAAAACAGUUCAAACGUCUGGACGUACUGCUAGCGGAAACACGCUCAUGGCCGCCUCUGAACCAGACCCUGGUCCCACCACAGAGUACCAUCAUUGGUGUUAGCUAACACCUGCCUCCCAAUUUAACAUUCCGACUCUUCUACUACACAUAUCCAAGGUUGCCAAAAUCUGAUACCUCUCACCUCUCAAAGUGCAGUGAUGCGUGUGUACCAGAUGCCAUCCUUGUCUGCCUGUUAUAUAUGGCACCGACUUUCUUUUCAUACAGCAACUGGCGUAAACUUUUAAUGAUUGUGUUUCUAAUGCAAAAUAUUAAAGGAAUUAAAUGUUUAAGCAUUUUGAAAAGGUGCGUGGAUUUAAUUGUGUCAGAGAAUAACCCCCUGAGGUAAAUAAAGAGAGGUUCAGGUGAGAUGAGGACUCUUAAAUAAAUGUUUGCCAUGCUAUUUUAUUAAGGUUGAUCCAAGGAGAAAAGAGGGAUAGCUGAUCUGUAAAGAAUUACAAUUCUGGGGUGAUUUAUUCACUGCCAUGCCAUUUCAAACCCAUAUCAUUAUUUUGAAGAGUUGACAACCUAAUAUUUUUCAUAUAAUAGAUGACCAGUGGCUAUCAACAUUAGGGCUGUGUAUUGGCAAGUGCCUCCCGAUACGAUACAUAUCACGAUACAAUAUAUUGCUAUGUAUUUCGAUACGAUACACAUUUGCAAUAUAUUGCAAUCCUUUAAAUAGAAAAUGUAAAAAGUAGAGCUAGAAAUACAACAUGCUGUGCACCACCUGGGGUUUUCUGUAAGGAUAAGUGUAAAAACAUCCCUUACCUCUGCAGAGUGGCCAUGAUGUGCGAUGCAUGGACCUUUAGAUCAGAGGUUUGGGUUCUCAAACUGGGCGCCGCUCUAGUGGGUAUCAGAGGGGAAUAAGGUGGCUCACGCAAGUCACUUGGCUGUUGUGGUGCAUUACAGUUAAAACAAUGAACAUGGGCAGUAUAAUACCCCUGGUUCAUCCGUGCUGUAAAUGUGCUGGUGUCACAUCCGUGAAAGCACAAUAAAUGUCAUUGUUACUUUUCUUAAUAAACUUUUUGUCUAAUGCGCUGCAGUAGCCAAGUGACUUGUGUCAUGACUUGCAUGCGAAGCCUACAAACAGCAUUAUUUUAUAUAACUCAUGACUUAUUUAGAAAACCAAAGCACACUCACACAUCAGCUCUGAGAGCUCGAAGCGUUCUUAUAUUUUUCGCCAUGCUCGCUUCCACUUUCUUUAGGCCGCAUGUAUAUGACAUGAUAAAAAAAAGAUCGAUAGUAGAGGUAUUACUAUCAAUACACUAUUGAAAAAAAAAUUGCGAUAGUUACAUGUAUCAGUAUUUUUGCACAGCCCUAAUCAACAUUGAAAGUUCAGUUGGGUUUGGCCUUUUAACCUAAGGGUUGAUAAAUCUUUUGAAUAAAUUCAAAUCAUUUGGUUAAAAAGUGUUUUCUUGCACAUUCAUGUGGUCUAACGUCUCCAUUGUUUAUUUUUCAGAUUUUCAUUUUAAAUGUUUUUAAUUAUUAGUUUUAUAUUUAUUGCACCUGGUAUCAACCGCCCUCAGUUAACCAAAUCUUGAAAUUUAAACCCAUUCUUACUCUAUAAAUCAAGUGUUAUUGUAUACAUUAAAAAUGUAAAGGAAGAUCUCAGAUGUACUGUGAAUAAAAAUCUCUG